AUGUCUCGCGGCGGCGGCACUACGCUCUACGUCACCGGCUUCGGCCACGGCACGCGCGCUCGCGACCUUGCCUACGAGUUCGAGCGCUAUGGCCGCCUUGUCCGCUGCGACAUUCCAGCCCCCCGUUCGGCAUCGUCUAGACUCUUUGCGUUCGUAGAGUAUGAGUCUCGUCGUGAUGCCGAUGACGCAUACCAUGAGAUGCACAACAAGCGCAUCGGACGCGACGACUUGUUGAAGAUUGAGGCAAGUUUGGCUGUUCUUGAUGACUGGGCCCGUACUCCUCCAUCGGCAUCAUGGCGAUUCGACUCCGGUCGUGACCGUCCCCGUGGUGAGCGUUCGGAGCGUGGCGGUGACCGUGGCGACCGAUCCGACCGCGGAGAUCGUGCGGACCGUGGUGUUCGCUCCCCUAGGCGUCGCAGCCCGUCUCCUCGUCGCGAGCGUGGUGCUUCCCCUCGCAAAGAUGAACGUCGCGACCGCGAUUACGACCGCCGUGAUCGCGACCGAUCCAGGAGCCCCAUCGAUGGCGACCGCGAGAUGAAGGAUGUGCGUGAUCGCGAAGAUGAUCGUGGCGAUCGCGACCGCGGUGACCGUGACGACCGGCGUGACCGCGACCGCGCUGCCGACCCGGCCGGCGAAGUGAAAACUGUCGAGUCUCCCCCUCCACCAGUGCACGAGGAUCUGGAUGUGGCCGAGUAG